AUGCCCAAACGCAAGCUCGACGAGCUCAGCGCUCCCCCGCCGCGGCCACGCGCCAGCGACACGCGCAAAAUGUCGAUUCACGGUACUCGACUCACACAAAUGUACGAGAAUGGUGUGCAGAUGAUCUCCCGUGGUCUCAAAAUUUCUCGCGGCUUUGAGCGACAGAAGCUCAGCCGUCGAGAGAAGACAGCAAAGACUCAAAAGGACGAUAAGGCUCUGGCACGUCUGAAAGAAGAGAUUGAAAUUUUAAAGGGCCUCGAUUAUCAAGUUGUCUCCGAACGAUAUUUAUUCAAACAACUCGUCAAGACGAAACGGAUUGCCGAGACACGGACGUUUGGUGAAUUCUCAGCAGUCAAGAAAGUGUCACAGGAAGGCCCAAAAAGCACCGCAGAAGCUAAUAUCCUUGCGCGACUGUUCAAAUCUACACCCGUACAAAAGGAAAUUCCAGGCAUAAUGGCCGGAAUCCGGAAGCUACUCAAGAUCGACGAAGCGCCAUCUGGAAAACAGAAGGAAAGCGACACGAAGGCGGCGGCAUCGAAGAAAAAGUCAGCCAACGACGCGGAUGACUCCGAGUCAGAGGCAAACACAACAACAAAAACCCGGCGCGGCGAGCAGGUCUCCCGCUCCGACGACAUGGAAAUAUCUGGCUCAGACGAAUCCGGAGACGAGGGACUAUCGCAGUUCGACGCACGCCUCGCGCCAGGAUCAGACUCCGAUGCCGACUCGGAAUCCGGCGACGAAGACGAAGAAGACGCAAAUGAAAUUUCCGACUCCAUAUCCCGCUCUCCCUCACCCGCCUUUUCGGGCGCGGACUCUCCACCACCAAAGAAGGCAAAGGCCACCAAGGGGUCUACUGCGCCUGCAACGAAUACCACUUUCCUGCCUUCGCUUAUGGCUGGCGGUUAUUGGUCUGGCUCUGAAGAAGCCACUGACGAGGAAGCCGAGGCCCAGCCCAAGCGCAAGAACCGUAUGGGUCAACAGGCCCGUCGGGCUCUUUGGGAGAAGAAGUUCGGUACUGGCGCAAACCACGUUAAGCAGGAGCAAAAGAAUGAGCAGAUGGCUGCCAAGUUCGGAUACGGCGGCCGAGACAAUGGAUGGGACUCAAAGCGCGGUGCUACCGACGGUGGCAGAGGGAGAGGCGGCAAGCGUGGUGGAUUCGGCGGUGGCUUUGGACGUUCGAACAGAGAUGAUAACUCUGGUCCUCAGUCUGCCGGCAAGAAGCCUAGCAAACCCAGCGGACCGCCCAAGGAUGAAGGUCCUCUGCAUCCCUCUUGGGAGGCAAAGCGGAAGGCCAAGGAGCAGGCUCCAGCUGCAUUUUCCGGAAAGAAGGUUACCUUCGACUAG